AUGGAGUCGCAGACGGCGCAGUUGAGGCACGAGCUCGAAGGCGGCCAUGAUUAUGAAUUCGUUGAGGGAGUUCUAAAAGCCCCCAUGGGAGAAGGUCUCGAGGCUCUUUCAUCUCCAGGCCAGUCCUUUUACGCAUACUACGAUCCUAAGGAUCCUAGCACUUUGUUUCAAACGAUAGAUCACCUAGACCGCUACAUUUCAACCGAAGGCCCCUUCGAUAUAGUUAUGGGGUUCUCGGCUGGCGCAGCUCUCGCAGCCUUGUAUAUCUUGGACCGGCAGCGUCGGGGCGAACCAUCGCCGUUCAAAUGCGGGAUCUUCUUAUCGAGCGCCGUAAGCAAAGCUGAAUCAGCAUUUCUCGGCUUAGAGGGUGGCUCUGAUAACUUAAUCCGAAUUCCGACGGUACAUAUAUGGGGCUCUGAAGAUUCAACAGCGCCAACAGGCGGGGAAGACCUGUGCCGACUGUGCGACCCAAAUGUCCGAUUCACCGUUGUUCACGAUGGUGGCCACGAAGUUCCGAAAAAACAGUAUCUCAUUCAAGCGGUCAAUGCGAUCCAGAGGGGGUUGGACUUAGUUGAUUAA